UACCGCUACUGUCUAUAUUCCAUUUCCAAGAGGCGUCUCAUCACUCCUGUUGUCAAGAGUCAGAGCCCAGACUCUCCUCACCCUCAGCAAGCUGAACUCCCAGGGGGAAACAAUCUUGACAUACCUGUCAUUUGAGUUUUGCAGUGGGAUGUCUAUUGAGUAGCAGGAGCUGGCUGACAGGAAGAGCAGCAUGACAGCCAGCCUGAGAGGCAGGCAGAGAGGACGAGCUAGAAGAGCUAUCGAGCUAAUCCCUUAGCUUGUGUGAACCAACAGUUGGAGAGGAUGCAGAAUUUGCCUCUCGUCUUGAGUCAUAAUGAUGGUUUUGUAUGGAAUUACAGCAGUGAUGGAAAAUAAGAGGAGGGAAAAUGACGGGGUAUAAAAAAUAAACAUACGAUUUUCUGUUUUUCCUUGUCACGGAUGCGCUAUUGCAGCAGACGACCACACCGGGUUCCACUCAGCUAAAAACAAGAAGAAGCAGCUCCAGUGAUAACCAACACUGGACAACUGAGGAGUGGAAAUACGUCGCCUGGAACAUGACAGCAAGUCCAGCUGACUUGAGUGGCCUGCUCAGUCCCCAGAGCUCAACCCAAUAGAGCGUCUUUGGGAUGAGAUGGAAGGGGCUGUUCGCAGCACGAAUGUACCGCUGGCCAAUCUGCAGCAACUGCGUGAUGCGAUCAAAUCAGCAUGGACCAACAUCCCUGUGCAACGUUUCUGACACCUUGUAGAAUUCCCCAAAUAAUUCAGCCUGUUCUGGAGGCAAAGGUGGUCCGACCCGGUAACAGAGGGGUAUACCUAAUAAACUGUCCGUGGCACUGAUUCCGACUGGGAGCCCCCAGCACCGCACCCAGCGCCAACUUGUUCAUCCAGCCGGACCCCUGCUGUCUCUGGGCCAUCUACCGGUGUGAAGGCACCGACAAAGAAGCGGAAGAGGGGAAGUGUGUCACCUGCUAGAGAAGGGACAGAAGGGCGUUGGCACACUGUCCUGGAAGAUGAUGUGGAGCCACCCCAGCCAACUUUCCGACCGAAAAGGGAGCCUGGACCUCAGGUGAACUCGAGCACAACAUACAGCCCACUUGAGCUUUUCCAGUUGUUUUUCACCCAUUCUGUUGUAGGUUCACUCGUGUCUAACACGAAUAAGUUUGGGAAGAAGAAGCAGGCAGGCAAAAAGGUAGCAUGGAAGCCCGUAUCCAUGUCAGAAUUUUACUGCUACCUUUCACUGGUCAUCUACAUGGGGCUGGUGAAGCUGAAAAGCCUGACUGACUACUGGAAGUCGUCAUCACUCUACCAACUGCCUUUCCCCAUGACUGUUAUGUCCUGCAAAAGGUUUCUGGUUGUUUCACAGGCGCUUCACAUCAGUGACCCAAAGGUUGAUGAAGAGAAUGACAAGAAGAAAGGCACAGCAACGUUUGAUAGACUGUGCAAAAUCAAACCUCUCUACUCCAGCAUUGUUGAGGCCUGCAAGACCUACUUUCAGCCAGCCCAGAACCUGUCAAUCGAUGAGAGGAUGGUAGCCUCAAAGGCCAGAAUUGGCCUCCAACAAUACAUGCGUAACAAGCCAACCAAGUGGGGUUACAAGCUGUUUGUUUUGGCUGAUUCUGUGUGUGCCUACACAUGCAAUUUCUUUGUCUAUGAGGGGAAGAACACAUCACGACUUCCCUGGUAUCCAUCCAUCCAUCCAUCCAUGAGGGGAAGAACACUUAGCUACACUUAGCUAUUAGCUAUGACUCUGUGAUGGAGUUAUUGGAUUUCCAACUGCUGGGGAAGAGCUACAAACUAUUUGUCGAUAACUUCUACACAAGCCCUACCCUGUUCACAGACCUGAGGAAGCAGGAAGUGUGGGCUUGUGGCACCAUUCGCACCAACAGGGUGGGCUUUCCGAAGACCAAGGUGAACGACAUGCCUAAGCGGGCUGAGCGGGGGGCCAUGCGAUGGAUCCGUGAAGAUGGCCUGCUUUUUGUAAAGUGGAUGGAUACCAGGGAAGUCGUGAUGUGUUCAACUAUACACAAGUCCUUCAAUGGGGAUCAUGUUGCCCGGCGUAUCAAGGAUGGUACUGGGAAUUGGACCACCAAAAAUGUCCCCAUUCCAAUUGCAGUGAAGGACUACAACAAGAGCAUGGGAGGUGUGGACCUAUCAGAUGCGCUGAUAGGCUAUUACAAUGUUCUGCAUAAGACAAUGAAAUGGUACAAAACCUUCUUCUAUCAUUUCGUCGACAUUGCUGUGGUGAAUGCAUUCAUCCUACACAAGGAAAUGGCUAAGAGCUGUGGAAAGCCCUUCCUCACACAGAAAGCCUUCAGAGAGCAGCUCAUCAAGGAGCUUGCUGGCUCAGCACCACUGCACCACGCCCUGUCCCUUCUGCUCCUGCCACAAGUGUUCAUCUGCCCAGAUAUAUUUGUGCAGACAUGGAUGUGCCUAAGGGCCAAAAGGGCACAGCAUGGAGGCGUUGCUGUGUUGUUUGCAAGAUGAAGUCGCCCAUCACAUGCACCACAUGCUCGGUGACCCUCUGCUUUACAUCAGAAAGAGACUGCUAUAGCAUCUGGCAUCGACAGCAGAAUACUGUGUAGAGCUUUGGCAAAGUGGGUGGGGUUAUGUUAUAUCUGGAGUACUGUUCCUGUCUUAUCCUGUGUGAAUUUAAGUAAGCUCUCUCUUUCUCUCCUUCUUUCUCUGAGGACCUGAGCCCCAGGACCAUGCGUCAUGACCCACUGGCAUGAUGACUCCUUGCUGUCCCCAGUCCACCCGACCUUGCUGCUGUUCCAGUUUCAACUGUUCUGCCUGCGGCUAUGGAAUCCUACCUAAACUGUUCAUUUUUACUCUUGAGGUGCUGUCCUGUUGCACCCUCUACAACCACUGCGAUAUCUACCCGGCACAGCCAGAAGAGGACUGGCCACCCCUCAUAGCCUGGUUCCUCUCUAGGUUUCUUCCUAGGUUUUGCCUUUCUAGUUUUUCCUAGCCACCGUGCAUCUACACCGGCAUUGCUUGCUGUUUGGGGUUUUAGGCCGGGUUUCUGUAUAGCACAUUGAGAUAUUAGCUGAUGUAGGAAGGGCUAUGUAAAUACAUUUGAUUUGAUAGAGGACUGAGGGUUUUCCAAAUAUUGAAAGUGUGUAAAUAGUCACCCAUGUUAUUUUGUAAAUGUAUAUUUUAUUUAUUUUUUGGAAUUUUAUUUAUAAAAAAAAAAUCCAAUAUUUUUUUUAUUAGUAAAAAUUCCAAAUUUUUUUUCAUAUCUUUUUCUCAU